CUGACUCCGUUGCGUAGCAUCGGCACAAGGCAUCGUGGCCCAGGUUCGCAUCUUCGGUGGGAGUAUGGGGAUCGCCGCGUCAUCUGCCAUCCUCGGGGCCAAGACGAGGUCGGGAACGCCUGGGGGGAGCGUGCCGUCUGAGAUGCUGACCCACAUGGCGUCGGACCCGUCGGCCUUGUCGCCGGAGCAGUGGGCGGCCAUCAGGAGGGUAUACACGAAGGCGCUGAGGGAAGACAUGAUUGUGUGCUGCGCGGUGCUGGCCGUCGCCAUGGUAGUCACGCUGGGGGUCUACAAACGCGACAGAGUCACGAUUGAGGAGAUGAUGAAGCAGCGAUACCGCGAGGAGGGGGAGAGGAGGAGAGCUGCGGACAACAGGCGGGACCAGGCCGAAUCUGGCGGAGUGAUAGUUUAGGGGGUUGUGUGCAAACACAGACUUUGGGUAUCUACUGCAUGGGAAGGCGAAUGACGGCAUGGCGUUGGUUGUAGACCAUGGUUGGGUUAGACUGGCAUGGCAUCUCUGGUUGAGCACAUUUAGGGUAGUGAAGGUCGUAAAGGGGUAAUGGUAAUUCAGGGGCACUUAGGAGAACCGGGCAAACUGGGGCAGGACCGAACUCGUCCCGUAGCGGUGUCUCCUGAUCAAAUGAUAGAUCACAAGGGAGGAAAGGAAGGGGGGGGAAAGGAAGAAAGGAAUGGAAGCACAUCUCCUUUCUUGCCCACAUUGGGAUAUCGAGAGCAAUUGAUCCAGAGAUCUGCCGGCUUCUUCCACGCCCCUCUCGAUUACAUCCGGCUUUAGGGGGUU